AUGAACAAGAGACCACUCAGCCUAACUUCAAGUUCCUCUUCUGGAUCAAUUCUCAACACCACCACCACCAACAACAACAACAACAUUGACAACAACAACAGCUAUGACAGCAGUAGCAACAACGACCACCAACACAAAUCCAACUCAACAACAUCUCCGCCAAAUUUUGCAACAUCUAAUCUGCUGUCUCCCAAAAAACAUCAAGCGCAACAGUUGAGAAAAAAAUUUCUACCAGAAAGGCCAUCAAACCCGUCUGGCUCACCUCACCCAAAAGCAGUUUUUUGCAAUAGUAACAACAGUUUUAUCAGGAAUAGCAUGUACAAUGGGGAUUUUGGUGCUGGAAAUCUGCAAAAAAUGAAAAAAUACUCCAGCGAAGGGUCGAUAAAUUUAGAAACAUCAUCUUCAUCCUUAUCAACCUCAUCAUUAUCGUUUGAUAAGAGUGUUGUUUUUAACAAAUUUCUAAGCAAUUUGAAUAUUCUAGAUAGUUUUGAAUUUAAAUUUUCUUUCGAGUCUGUCCAUAGAAACAUUCAGAAAGCUGGGUCUAUUGCUGACAUGAUUGAAUCAAAAAGUUCUUCUGAGAAAACCAAUUAUUUACUGAAGAUUAUUGAAGAGUUGCUGGAAACUGAGAAGAAUUAUGAGUAUAAGCAGCCAAUAGGCAGCUGCAAGAAAUUUGGUCAGAUGAAUAAAAAUUGUGAUGUCAUAUUUAGCAACAUUGAAGAACUACUCAAGUUUAACAGCUCACUCCUGAACCAAUUAAGCGUAUGUGAACAUGACCCCGAAAAAAUCUCCUUGACCUUUGUAGAGAAUAACAAGGGCUUCUAUUUAUACGCCACUUACUGUUCUGAUUACCCAACAUCCUUGGAGUUGAUAAAGAGAUGCAUGAAGUCUGCCACGACAGCCUCCCACGUUCACGACAUGCAGAAGAAAUUGAACCAUCGUCUGCCUCUGGUGUCCUACCUACUGAAGCCUGUCCAGAGGAUAUCCAACACCACAAUCACCAUCAUCCUCAUCAUCAUCUUCGCCCGCAUAAUCUUGGUCAUGUUACUUGAGACAGCAUUUAAAUAA